AUCUCGUUAAUGCUAAUUUAAAACAUUACUACUCUUUGAGUUUCUCCAAAUUUUUUUUUAAUAAUUUAUUGGUUUGACUCACAAUUUAAAACUUUAUUUGGUAAAAAAAAAUCUUUUGCAAACUUAUAGCUUAUUUUUAUUAGUUUAUAAUUCAUUCAUUUGAUAAGCAAAUUUCAAUAAUUUAUAGUUUAUCAUUUUUCACUUCUAUUUUAUUCUUGUUAUCUUACAUGAAGAAGUUGAAUAUUAAUUAAUAAUAUUUUAUUUCUACAAAGUACUUCCUCUAUAAUAAAUAUAUGUAAUCUUUUUAUUCAUUUACUUAAAUUUUGUUACCAAAGUAGUAGUAUGGAGUUAAUCUUAGUCAAAGCAUAAUUGUUCUUUAUUUUAUAUUCAUAUAUUUUUUAAUCUCAACACUCAACCUCACCUCACCUCACCAAGACAAAUUAAAAGAGCAUAAAUAAUAAUCACCCACUAAUACAUUUUGCUCUCCUUGUACUACUCAUAGUACCUUCAUUUCAUUCAUAGUAUAUCAUAGCUUGCUUGUUGGGUCCUCUUUCUUUAAGGGAACAGAACAUAAACCAGAUCUAUCUAUCUAUUACAUUUAAGACCACACUUCCAUCAACAACACUAUCAAUCCUCACAUCUCAAUUCUCAUAUUUCACAUCAAUUCAGAUUCAUUAAAAUCAUCAAAACAAACAUAAUUAUAACAACAAGAUGCAUAACAAGACAGACUCAGAGGUUACUAGCUUAGAUGCAUCCUCCACAACAAGAUCUCCUCGUCGACCAGCAUACUAUGUUCAGAGUCCAUCUCAUGAUGGUGAAAAAACAACAACCUCGUUUCAUUCAACUCCUGUUAUCAGUCCAAUGGGUUCUCCACCUCAUUCUCACUCUUCCUCAAGCCGUUUCUCCGGUUCCCGGAAAAUCAACAACCACCGUAACACCAAACCUUGGAAAGAAAUUGAUGUUAUUGAAGAAGAAGGUCUUCUUCAAAAUCAAGAUCAUCAUCAUUCUCUUUCUCGUCGUUACUAUGUCCUUGCUUUUCUUCUUGGCUUUUUCCUUUUGUUCACUAUUUUUUCUCUUAUCCUUUGGGGUGCUAGUAGACCCAUGAAACCCCUUGUCACAAUUAAGAGUAUAAAAUUUGACCAUGUUAGAGUUCAAGCUGGUUCAGAUGGAACAGGUGUGGCUACUGAUAUGAUCACAGUGAAUUCAACUGUUAAAUUCACUUAUCGCAACAAGGGUACAUUCUUUGGUGUUCAUGUCUCAUCCACACCUAUAGAUCUAUCCUACUCAGAAAUCGUAAUUGGUACAGGCAAUAUGAAGAAGUUUUAUCAAUCAAGGAGGAGUCAAAGAUUAGUGAGUGUGGCAGUAAUGGGAAGCAAGAUUCCAUUGUAUGGAAGUGGUGCAAGUCUUAGCAGCACAACAGGUAUGCCAAGUCUGCCAGUGCCAUUGAAAUUGAACUUUGAGAUUAGAUCUAGAGCUUAUGUGCUUGGGAAAUUGGUCAAACCAAAAUACUACAAGAAGGUUCAAUGUUCUGUCAUAUUUGAUCCCAAGAAAAUCAAUGUUUCUGUUUCCCUCAAAAAAUCUUGCAAGUAUGAUUGAUUGGAAGAAAGAAGCACAUGGAUAUGGAAAUAAAAUAAUAAUAAUAGAAAAUGACUUAUUGGUUGAGGAAAAAACAGCUCAUGGAAAAGCGCGUUUUUGUGGAACUUUUGGCUGCAUUAACAAUUCCACAUUCUAGAAACGUAAAAAAAGACAUGUUGGAUUCGGUGGAAACUUAUGACAUGUUGGAACUUUUUCUACUUUUAUUUAUUUUUUCAUGAAUUUUGUCCCAUCAUGUGAUAAUAUAAGGUUAAGGUUAAUAUGUAAUUUUAUUUUGUUAGGUAAUUAUAAUGUAAUUAUAGCUGAAAAAGUUGAAUUAUUCGUUGAUUAGUUUGUGAUGUCAAUGUCAGAUUUGUAUUCUAAGCUCCA